AUGGACGCGUAACCAACGGGGGUUAGGAAGCUCCACAUCCAGAACCUCGUGGACUUGCUGCACGCCUGUCUCCUGCGGGGCGAACUCGACCGAGCGAGGAGGGCCUGGGCGAUUCUGAUACGAUGCCGUGAGGUCGACUGGAAGGAGCGGUGGUAUUGGGGUCUCGCCCUGUUCUCGUCCACCGAGCCAAACGACUCGGAUCCCGCGCAGAUUCAGAGUCAGUCAAUCUCGCAGGACUUGACGUAUAGGGCCGCAAACGAUGAGGGCAGAGAUGCCGAGCGGUGGCUCCGCACGCUCAGGGUAUCCGCCAAAGAAGCCGACCGGCCGGCCCUCUUACAUGCACUCGUGCUCCACCUCAUCAAACAUGCCCGCUACCGCGAUGCCCUAGACGAACUGGAAACGUAUCUCACCUCGUACCCAUACCUCCUCUCGUCGUCGCUGCACACCUACGCAGGUCUUCUGUCUUUCUACCUAUCCUAUCCCGAAUCAGCGCGCAACCCUGCGCACGCCAGCCCCUCUCAAGCUCAUCUCGCACGCACACCGCCCCGCACACUCAGUCCAUCCAGCUCGCGCUCCCCUUCGGCAGCGCCGUCUGCGUCGGAUCGAGGACGACCGCGCGCACCGACGAACCCGAUGCUAUCAGCCCAGGCGAGGGCUUGGUUUGUCCAAGCACUCGAGCUGGAUCCGGAGGUUCAAGUGGCGAAGGAGUUCAUCAAGAUGAUCGAUGCUCCGCACGAGGAAGCCAUCUCCGAUGACGGCCUGAUGGAGAUGGACGAGGACGACGAGGACAAAUCGGACGGCAACAAAUCCGAUGAAGACAAAUUAGCCGGUCAGGACUCGUCGCACUCGUCGCACUCUUCGCGGUCGACAGUGCAAGUAGAUGGUGCGUUCGACGAGGACGACGUCGAAGUGGAGGACGAGGACGAGGAUGAAGGCAUGGGGUAG